ACACACCCUCUCCGUUCUCCACUCCCGCUCCGAACACACACCAACUCGCCGCCGAGACGCUCGCAGCGCGGUCACCAUGGCCGGCGGCGGCGGCGGUGGCAACCUCAAGAACAUGGUCAUCGCCUUCCUCGUCCCGCUCCCGUCCAUCCUCUUCUACCUCGCCUUCGUCCGCCCCCAAGACGACGACCCGGUGUCCUCGUGGUGCGCCGCGCACCCGCUCCUCCUCGCCAACGCCCUCUUCCUACUCAACGUCGACGUCCUCUUCUGGCUCGUCGGGCUCCUCCUCGGCAACAACUGGCUCAUCGACCUGUACUGGACCGUCAUCCCGGUGAUGCUGCUGCACUACUUCCGGGCGCACCCGGCCGCCGUGGCCAACGCGGCGAGGUCGGCCGCGGCGGUGGCGCUCACCUGGGUGUGGAGCGCCAGGCUGACGCACAACUACUUCAGGAGGGAAGGGUGGCAGUGGGGCAAGCAGGAGGACUGGAGGUUCUCCGAGAUGCGUGGGCAGUACGGCAAGACCUGGUGGUGGAUGUCCUUCUUCGCCGUAUACCUCUCCCAGCAGGUGUUUCUGAUUGGCAUAUGCCUGCCGAUGUACGCCAUCCACUCCAGCGACCAGCCAUUGGGCAUAUGGGACCUCGUGGCAACAAUGGUCUGCAUCGCCGGAGUUGUGAUCGCAUACUUUGCUGACACCCAGCUGCACGAGUUCGUCACCAGGAACGAAAAAAUGAAGCAGCUGGGCGAACCGACAGUCCCCACCCUCGAGGACGGCCUGUGGGGGUACUCGCGCCACCCUAACUACUUCGGCGAGCAGCUCUGGUGGUGGGGCGUGUAUCUCUUCGCCUGGAACCUGGGGCAGCGGUGGAUGUUCAUCGGGGCGCUUGUCAACAGCAUGUGCCUCGGCUACGUCACCGUGCUCGUCGAGCGGCGCAUGCUGAAGCAGGAGCACCGGGCAGAGGCCUACAGGCUGUACCAGAAGAGGACCUCUGUUCUGAUCCCCUGGUUCAGGAAGUCCAUCCCUGAACCAAAGGAAAAGGAGACCUAGGAUUCCAGGUGUAUUUUGUGUUGGCCGUGUUCCUUCUCCGUGUUGCUCACAUGUCGUUCCUUCAUGUCGCGUCAGUGUCGUGAUUAUGUUGCGCUGUUUACUGUAAUUAACUGUAUCAACUGUAAAAUGUAUCCUGAUCACCUGUUAUUUUGUGUAUCUCAAACUUGUUCAUCAUCUCCAUCAGAUAUAUGAAACUGAUUGCGGAUUGUUCAGACUCA